CGCGGAGGACACGAGGCUGCGUAGAGGGAGGCACUCUCAGUUCUUGGCACUUGUUGAGUCUUAAGUUCAAGCGUGGUACUAUUUUUUUAAAAGGCUACCUUGACAGAUAAGGCAAGAUGGCCGCCUCAGACGACGGACUGGACUCCUUCCUGACCCAUCUGGGCAUGGGGCGCUGGACAUACCUGCACUUCGCUGCGUCCACCAUGGUCCCUGCUUUGUUGCCGACGUUUCUUAUAGGGAGUGAAUUCAUCAACCCGACGCCUUCGUUUACAUGUAAUAUUCCUGAUGACAACUUUACUUUUCCGGUUAAUGGGUCAGAGUGCACGAUGCUCCACGUGGAGGAAGGCGAGGCGGUGACUGUUCCGUGUUCCAACUUCACGUACGACACUUCUGUGUUCCAUUCCACCGUGUCCACUGAGUGGGACCUCGUGUGUAAAAACGAGUUUCUGUCGCCGCUGUUCCAGACUAUCUACACGGCAGGCUGCUUCGUCGGUUCCAUUCUUGGGGGCAUUGCUGCUAAUAGAUACGGGCGUCGGUGGGCGGUGCGGGUGGGGUCCGUAAUGACAGUAUUUUGGGCGGCAGUUCUGUCUAUAUCCCCCUGGCUCAUUCUGGUCUUCGCCUCUCGUUUCAUUCUGGGAGUCUUCAAUACCAUUAUGGUCUACCCGGCGUUCAUGCUGACCAUGGAAGUGUGCGUGCCAUACCUGAGGUCCACUGUGGGUGUCCUGUUGGCACUUCCUUACGCGCUCAUGAUGAUCAUCCUGGCUGGCAUCGCCUACGGAAUCCGGGACUGGAGGAUUUUGCAAGCUGUUGGCUCCAUCCCAGCGCUCCUUCUGGUGCCACUUGCCCUCUUGGUGGACGAGUCUCCUCGCUGGCUCUUGGUCAACGGGCACCUGGAGGAGACGGUGAAGGUCCUCGAACGAGCUGCCUCCCUGAACCGAAGUGACAUGGAGGGGCUGCCGUCCAUUGAAGCUACGGUGAACAAGAUUCAUGAGAGAUUAUCAGGUUCGAGGCCCACAGCGGAGAGCCCAAAACCCGACAUGCAGCACCCAGACGGCCUUCAGAACGGUGCCAGCGUCGACAGAGCUGAAGAAGGGACUUCGGGGACUAGCAAGCCCUUGGGAAUCGCCGACGGCUUUGGGGCUUGGUGGGCGGGACCCGUGGCCUUGGUCCGCACGGGGGUGAUGAGGCGCCUCUCUCUGGUACUCGUGGUGAUCUGGCUCCUGCAGGGGAUCGUUUACCUGGGACUUCCCCUCAGCGCCAACGCCUUUAGUUCCCCAUUCCUAUACAUGGCACUCAUGGGUGCCGUGGAAGUGCCAGCCUACAGUGUCUCCGCGCCGAUCACACAGCGCCUCGGGAGACGUCCAGUUAUCUGCUUCUGCUUAAUCAGCUGUGGUGUCCUGCUCCUCAGUUUACUGAUCCUCGAAAUUUAUGGUAUUAAAGAAGAAUGGGUCGAUUUACUGCUAGUUCUACUUAGCUAUCUGCUGGUGUGCACGUCUUAUCAGGUAAAUUUCCUGUACGCUCCUGAGCUCCUGCCGACCACCAUUAGGCCCUGGGGGACGGCGAUGUGCACUCUGUCUGCAUAUGUUGGCUUCAGCAUCCCUCCUUUUAUCACAGAUUACCUGGCCUACAGCUACCCCUGGCUCCCCUCCGCUGUGUUCGGCUGCUCCGCCUUCAUCGCCGGGGUCCUCGUCACCUUCCUUCCGGAGACGAACGGCAAACCGAUGAUGGAGACCGUGGCAGACCUCCAGCUCCGUCUCUCCAAGAACAGCUUACAGCAAAAGAGCAACGAUUUAAAACUCAGCAUCAGCGGUGUCAAGCCUUAUUUGUAGGAGAUGAAAUGUCAUCGUUCUCGUUUUAGUUACUAUGUGGUUUGCUAGACAGCAGCCACUUGAUCAUAUUUGACGAACCUGUUGCGUCCGAGUGCGGGAAUUUGUAACCAGUAGGCUAUACAAGUUUCUAGUACGUGUUUAGACAGGUAUGCCUUUGUUUAGUAAACGAGUGAAUAAGGAUUGCUAUUGGUUACUGAAUGCCUUAGGGUGCCAAAAAUUAAAGACAGUUACAGAAAAUAAACGUGAAUUUGAUUGUGAGCAAAUAAUUUCAGUGAUCUGAUAUGUAAAGCUAUCAUGAUGUCAGUUGCUAAUACUGGUCAGGUCUGAGUAAGUAUAGUUUAUAUCAGAAUAUAAUGGAAGUUGACUACAGGUGUGUUCAGUAAGAAUAUGAAAUUGUCUGUCUAUAAUGCAUUAGGAGUGUGAAGUAAAUAUCUAUUAUUCAGGAAAUUUCAUUAUAUAUAUAAUCAAUUUUAGAAUAUUUCAUCAUGUCAAAAAAUCUUCAGGUUUGCCUUUACCGUUUGGCUUAUUAAGUGAUAUAUUUGUAUUUUUUUGUCAAUACAGGAAAAACGAGGCAGGUUUUACACUAUUUUUUAUCUCACAUUUUAAUAUUGUUAUUUCUUUAACUGUAUCUUGUUUUGCAAGGUAUUUAUUGUCAAUGUUAUAUCAAUAGAGUGAGUGUGUGUGUGUGCCUACGUGUGUGCGUGUGUGUGCGUACGUGUGUGCGUGUGUGUGUGUGUGUGUGUGUGUGUGUGUGUGUGUGUGUGUGUGUGUGUGUGUGUGUGUGUGUGUGUGUGUUUACAUAUUUGUGUGAUGUAUUUUAUUAACUCAUGAGUGUCUUUACUUAUAUAUCUGACAUAAGACGUCAGACAAUGGCAUAGAAUACAUCAAAUUAUUUAUG